UCUUUUACUAAUCUCUCUCUCUCUCUCUCUCUCUCUCUCUCUCUCUCUCUCAAAAAAUGGCUGCUUUCCGUAUCUUCGUCCUGCUCUAUACACUACUGGCUGAAAUAGGUUUCUGCUACUCCUCGGAGGUUUAUAUAGUAUACAUGGGAAGCAAAAGAACGGUUGAGGCAAAUGAGAUAUCCAAGCAAAAUCAUAUGUUACUUGCUUCUGUUCAUGAUGGAAGUUCGGAGAAAGCAAGGGCUUCUCAUGUAUACAGUUACAGGCACGGUUUCAGAGGAUUUGCUGCCAGGUUAAGUAAAAAACAGGCUUUGAAGAUCGCCGGAAUGUCCGGUGUUGUCUCAGUGUUUCCUAAUGAAAAGAGAAUGUUGCAUACAACUCAUUCAUGGGAUUUUAUUGGUGUUUCAACUAAUGAGGACAUGGAGAUUCCAGGGUUUUCCACCAAGAAUCAGGAGAAUGUUAUUAUUGGAUUCAUUGAUACAGGAAUAUGGCCAGAGUCACCUAGUUUCAAUGACCAUGGGAUGCCUCCUGUGCCUUCAAAGUGGAGAGGGAUAUGCCAAGGAAAAAACUUUGCAAAUUUUUCAUGCAACAAGAAAAUCAUAGGAGCAAGGUAUUAUCUUCGAGGAUAUGAAGCUGAAGAGAGCAAUAGAAUUACAAAAUUUAGGUCUCCUAGAGACAGUUCUGGCCACGGCAGCCACACCGCCUCGAUAGCUUCAGGGAGAUUGGUGAACAAUAUGAACUAUAAUGGCUUGGGCAAUGGAGCAGCAAGAGGAGGGGUUCCAAUGUCGAGAAUUGCAGUCUAUAAAACUUGUUGGGAAACUGGUUGCUAUGAUGCAGACUUGCUUGCAGCCUUUGAUGAUGCAAUCAAAGAUGGAGUGGACAUCAUUUCUGUGUCCUUAGGCCCCAACUCUCCACAGGGAGAUUAUUUCCGAGACUCGAUCUCUGUCGGCUCAUUCCAUGCAAUUAAUCAUGGAAUUCUUGUCAUUUCAUCUGCUGGAAAUGUUGGGACUCGAGGCUCUGCGACCAACCUUGCUCCUUGGAUGCUCACUGUUGCUGCUAGCUCAACAGAUAGGGACUUCUCUUCUCAAAUAAUACUUGGAUCUCGAAAGAAGUUGAUGGGAGAGAGCUUAAAUACUUUCAGAAUGAAUGCAUCAGCGCCUACCAUCUUAGCUUCACAAGUUAGUAAUGGAUUCUUCACCCCUUAUCAAUCAAGCUUUUGCUUGGAUAGCUCAUUAAAUAAAACAAUGGCCAGAGGGAAAGUUCUCAUUUGCUACCAUUCUGGUAGUUAUUCUGAGUCAAGGAUAGGGAAGAGCAUUGUAGUAAAGAAAGUUGGGGGAAUUGGAAUGAUUUUAGUAGAUGAGACUGAGAAUGAUGUUGCCCUUCCCUUUGUAAUUCCUGCAGUGACAGUUGGAAAGAGAACUGGUGAAAGAAUUCAACAUUAUGUUACAAGAACGAAGAAAGCAAGAUCACUUAUUUUGCCCGCAAAGACUGUAAUAGGAUCAAGACGAGCUCCACGUGUGGCGGCAUUCUCUUCAAAAGGACCCAAUUUAUUGACCCCGGGGAUUCUGAAACCUGAUAUUACAGCUCCGGGGUUGAAUAUAUUAGCAGCAUGGUCUCCUGUUGAUAACAAGAUGGAGUUUAACAUUCUUUCUGGCACUUCCAUGGCUUGCCCUCAUAUCACAGCACUUGCAGCAUUGAUCAAAGCUGUUCAUCCAUCAUGGUCUCCCUCAGCAAUCAAAUCUGCAUUGAUGACAACAGCGACAGUCUUAGACAAGACUGGCAGAUUCAUUACCGCAGAUCCUUCUGGAAGAAGAGCAAAUGCGUUUGACUAUGGCUCAGGCUUCCCAGAUCCUUCAAGAAUGCUCCACCCCGGCCUCAUUUAUGAUAUUGAAGCUACAGAUUACAAAGCUUUCCUCUGCUUAACUGGAUACAGUGACAAAUACUUGAAUUUAGUAACAGGAGAAAGUAAUCGCAGCUGCAGUGAGUCACACCAAGUUCGAUCUAACCUGAAUUAUCCUGCAAUUACUGUGCCAGAUCUGAAUGGAAACUACUCGGUUACCAGAGAAGUGACAAAUGUGGGCAGAGCUAGAAGCUUAUAUAGAUCUCUUGUGAUUUCACCAAAAGGAAUCAAUGUAACCGUUGUACCUGAUGUUCUAUCAUUCAGAAGCUAUGGUGAGAAGAGAAAUUUCACGGUGAAUUUCUGGGCGGUCACUCCUUCAAACGAUUAUGUGUUUGGGGCAUUAUCAUGGAGCUCGAGAAGAAUUGAAGUAAGUAGUAUUCCUUUGAUAGUAAGGGUUGCAUCCCAUUGAAAACAAGUAUUUUUGUUAGGCAAAGUAUAGUAGUAGAAAAUCUACUAUUAAUGUCCAUAAGAUGCUUCUCACAUAUUAUCUGCAAGAACUUCAAAAAAAAAAAAAAUUCUAUCCUUAAUGCAUAGACUCGCUUUUGUCAUCUAA